AUGUUAAAAAAAAGUUUCUUUGGCCGACAUUGUGUUUUCUUUCCAGUGGCAUCCAAAUGUUUGGUGAUGAAGGCAGAAAUGACUCACAGCAAGUCUGGGAAGCGACAGAAGCCGGAGGGGGCCAUCCAGAACAACGACGGGCUGUACGACCCCGAGUGUGAUGAGCAAGGGCUCUUUAAGGCCAAGCAGUGCAACGGCACCGCCACGUGCUGGUGUGUGAACACGGCUGGCGUCCGAAGAACAGACAAAGACACGGAAAUAACCUGCUCCGAGCGCGUGAGGACCUACUGGAUCAUCAUUGAACUGAAACACAAAGAGCGACAGAACCCUUACGACCUUCAGAGUUUGCAGGUUGCACUUCAGGAAGCUCUCACAUCUCGAUACAAACUGAAUCAGAAAUUUAUCAAAAAUAUCCUGUAUGAGAAUAAUAUUAUCACUAUUGAUCUGAUGCAAAACUCUUCUCAGAAAACUCAGGAUGAUGUCGACAUAGCUGAUGUGGCUUAUUAUUUUGAAAAAGAUGUGAAAGGGGAGUCCCUGUUCCGUUCUUCUAAGAGCAUGGACCUGAGGGUGAAUGGAGAACAACUUGACCUGGAGCCCGGGCAGACUCUGAUUUACUAUGUUGACGAGAAGGCGCCUGAGUUCUCCAUGCAGGGCCUCACGGCUGGUAUCAUCGCUGUCAUUGUGGUGGUGACCCUGGCAAUCAUCGCUGGCAUUGUUGUUCUGGUUAUUUCCACAAGGAAGAAAUCAGCAAAAUAUGAGAAGGCUGAGAUAAAGGAGAUGGGUGAGAUACACAGAGAACUCAAUGCCUAACCCUGUGACUAAUGGAUGGGCCACCCGAAGAAGGGGACCUGGCAAAAACAACGCAGAUUGCAAAUGGGGAGACACAGGACAAGAUGAGAACCUUUAAAGGGUUACUGUUUUUGUUAGUUAAUGUCAAAUAUUUGUCACAAUGAAAUUUGUACUCAUAAAUACAAGCAGCUUGACAUUGGCAGUGUCAAUCUUAAAAUUAGACAAAUAUCAUAUCUGACUGAACAGGCCUGGUGUGGGACUCAGAACUUAGCCUACAAAGUUAAAAUAAUUUAUGCUUAAUAUUGAAGAGUGCGCCACACACAUUCCACAGUAGAAUCCGAUGACGAGCCUCAUCCUGUGAUUAAAGCUGCCUUUCUUUAUACCGGAGUGUUGUACAUAACGAACUUUUUUUUAACGAAAUAAAACGUUUUUAAACUGAGUUUCUAAGUUUGUUUGACUCAAAUUUCCUAGCAUAUGUAUACUUAAGAUAAUAGGUUUUUAAAUAUUCUGUACCUCCAAGUGACACAGACCUGGAAUCUCGUAG